GUUAUUUUCACUCUGUCCACUAAGUGGCAGUAUGCCGCUGAUGAAUGUCAGCUGCUCUUGAAAUACAGAAAGAAGGAAAACGUACUUACCCAACAUGCAUUGUGGCGCGCGAAUUUGGAAGGAUGACUGAGGUUGACAGGAUGAGCAACCUCACCAGCACACCCAAACCAGCCGACUCUUUUCACACUUUAUGGAAGCAACUUUGGGAUUGUCAUCAAACUGGACUGCAAGAACUUGAAGAGAAAGUCUGCAAGUUGAAAAAGGAGCGCUACCUAGAUGCACAGAAGCUUGAAGUAUUUUACACUCGUAACAAAGAGCUGAAGGCACAAAACAAAGCUCUGCAGGAUGCUAUUAGUCUCUUGGAGGAAAGACUCCGAGCAGGAGAAUGUGAUCGCUGUUCAAUCUUGGAAGAAAACUUAAAGAGUAGUCAAACUCAACAUGAGCAGAUUAUCAUCAAGCUAAAGCAUGAAAGAAAAUGCCUUGCGGAUGAAAAUGACAAACUAUACGCUGAACUGCAGAAGUUCAAAAGUGGCGGCGAGCAAGAAGACGGCAUCAUCCCAGACUCGCCGGUUCUUCCCAGCUCGUUUCCUCUGGCCAAAAAACUGAAGAAACGUAAAAACCCCGACAAGAGCAAACAUGUUCACUAUGCAGAAGAGCCUUCGUUUAUGUUAAAUAAGUCGCUUUUCAAAGAUGUAAAUAAUGAAUUGGUUCGUCCGCCAAGAGCAGAGGUGCUUGUUCCCAACACGUGUGAAAUGGAGACAUCCCUGAUUGGCGAUGUGGAAGAGAACGGGGGGGAAGUGAUAGCAGAAACAUGUGCCCUUGAACUGGUCAACACAUGUCGCAUGAAAACUCCAGAAGCUGCAAGUCAGCGAAACGCCUCCAAAUCUUCUCGGUUGUAUGAUGUUCGUCUCAAGCCUCAUCGCAAAGCCUUGUCAUCCACGCCCAUCCCAAGCCCGGACUCCACCACGGAGAAGUCGCCAUCUCUUCUACUUCACGGGGACAGGCUGACCAAAGACGACUCUACCUGCAAAGGGAAAUGGAAGACGGACGAUGGCGAACCAAAGGGACACAUGCCCGAAGCGGCGCUGAUGAAACCAACCUGCAGAACAGUUGAAACUCCAAGUGUUGACUGUGGAAGUCCAGUUUUCAAGAAGCCGAACUCAAAACUGUUGGAGCAGAGAGGAAGCCACCUUCAAGGUCACAACGCUGCACCCAGACAAGCUCAUCCAUGUGAUGAGAGUACACAAAGGGUGGAGAACAUGUGGAGCAUUGACCCUGCGCUCAACUUUUCCUUGUACGACAGUGAGCGAGGAGCAGAUAAGCUUGAAGAACACGGGGAACUUCUUGACAGUGACUGCACUUGGAUCAGUCACAGUCUGCUCCAAGGUCGACAGGAAAGUGACCAGGAUGAAGAACACGGUGUCUCUGGAAUCGGCGAGAAGGCAAACGACAGUCUGGAUGGAAUGUUUGACACCACUGGUCACGAGGAGUAUGUAUCUUAUAACGACUCUCACGGUGCCAGUCAGCCCAGUGAGGAUAUGAAGCAAGAGGAGCAACAGGAAGAUGUUCUGCAGGUGUACCUAAUGUGUGAUGACAAAUUUAAAACAGUGUCUUCUCUUCCAGAAGAACAAGAGCCUUCUGAAAACCAUCCAUGGCACAAAGAAAAACAUCCGACGUUUGCGCACGUGGCAGUGGUUCGCAAGAAAGACGAGAGGAGAAAACUGAAGGGCACCACCUGCAAAGAAUGUGAAGUUUACUACGCCCAUCUCCCGGAGGAGGAGAAAGAGAAGAAGCUGUCGGAAUGCUCUCGACACCGCCAUCGCUUCAUUCCUCCCAGCACGCCGGAACAUUUCUGGGAAGUGGGAUUCCCGUCCACACAGACGUGCAUCGAAAGAGGUUAUAUCAAGGAGGAGAAGACCCCUUCAACUCGUUUAAGAAGAAAACAGCCUUUCACCGCUCUCUUCUCCCCGAAGACGAGCCAGAAGGACAUCAAGACACAAGCCAAGUGUAAAUAGUGCUGAGUGGUUCACCUGGCACAGCAGCCACAGCUCAAAGCGUAGGACUGAAGAGAGGAGAACUCCAAGGCACUAGUGAGGUCACCUUGUGGAGGAACACAGCCUUGGAGAUAGCGUAAGUCACAACAUGAGAGGAGUUCUGCAGCGUGAAGAAGAAAGGAAUCUCCUGCAGCAGGGAGAGGAAGUCACUAAAUGCAUCCCUACAUUCAGAAGCUCCGUGAUGGGACUCACUAGACGAGACAGAGCUCUGGAACCUGCGUAGAUGUUUCCUACAAACAGGAGGGAGCCGGGGAACCAGGAGAGUGCAGCUGAUCUGGAACGUAGGAUUCAAAUACGGUACGAGCUUUCCUGGAUUGCGGGGCGGGGGCCCGGACAUGAUUGUUGUAUACCUGGAGAUACGCUUCAUUUCCACCCAGCCCAGUUUGCCACAGAGGAGCAGCAGCACCGCGCCGAUAAAUGUCUGCCAUCUGAGACAUCAUGUUAAGUCAUAUUACAUUUUAGCACGCAAUAAAAAUGUCAUUCACUUCUACCACUCACCCUUGGAAUAAAGUCGGGUAGGUGAAUUUCAUAACAGUCAGGACAAACUGAAAGAAAAAAAUGAGUCUGAAUUACAUUAUUGGUGAAAUCCAUUUAUAAUAUUUCAGUUCAUUUCAGUAAAACAAAAAACUAACUGCAUCUCCGCUUUGUACGGUGGCUGGGAAGUGCAAAA